AGUCGCCUCGGCUUCCGUCCUCCCGCCUGUCCAAUCGCUUUGCACCAUCACGCCAUUAAGGCGGGGUUUUCUUCGGUAUCCGGAGACGUGAUUGGAGCGCUGGGCGGGCGGAGGAAUUGAAUAAAAGGGCGCGAGAAGGGGGGAAACGGUGGUUUGUUUUUGUGUCGGUGUAAGAAUGGAGAGAAGCGUAGAAGUGGGAGAAACGGCCGUGGGGCUCCUGGCUCGGCUGAAGGACGUACUUGCCUUCGAGGACCACACCAAAGAUGGGGCAGAGGCUGAGCUGCCCGUCAAAGUCUGGGCUGAGCAUGCAGUGAACACCAGAAAGACGCACAAGCUGCUGCUCAGCCAGCUGCAAGUGGUGAAGUUCCUCCUGGAUUUCCUCGACUCUGACAUCAGUGUCCAAGAUGCCUCUUCUGCGGACGUUCGGAAGGAGAUGCAAGAAGCCAAGCAGCAGUGGAAGGCCCUCAAGGCCGAGUACCAGGAGAAGGUCGAGGCCAUCGAGGAAGCCGUGCCGCACACCCUGGCCAAGCUCAAGGAGGCGCACCGCAGGGCCCAGCUCUUGGAGGAGACGCUGGGGCGCUACCGAGCCAAGAAAGAGGAAAUGGAGGCGAAGGUGAAGAAUGCUCAACAGCGAUGUCUCAAGGAACAGGAGCGUCUGCAGAAGCUGCAAGAGCAGAUGGAAGGACGGGUGGCGGAAGCACAGGGCCGGCUGCAGAGACAGCGGGAAGAGCUCCACCACCUGCAGAGGGCGCUGGAAGAGCAAGACCGCCAAGCCGGUGAUUGGCGGGAGAAGGCGCAGACAAUCUCUGACUUCCGGUGCUUCUUGGAGAUGCUGCAGGGUGUGAAAGUGACUCACGCUUCCGAGAGUGACCUGGAGCUUGAACUGACCUCUCAUGCCCAGUCUGGGACCGCCGCGCCCCAUUGUCUGAAGCUGCGCCUACACUGGAGGGAGGAUGGCAACAUCGCACUGCAGAGCGACUGCCCUUUGUUCCUUCUCCCCACCACGCUCCCCGUGGGCAGCAGGGGCACUGUCAAGGACAUCCUUCUGGAACUGCAGGACAGCCAUUUGCAGCAAGCACAGCUCCUGGCUGAGAUCGAAUCGCUGCAGAGCUGCUUUGCCAUCGAUUGGCAGCCAGAGGAGCGCCUGCUGCGUUACCUGAAGCCGUCUUCCACUUGCACCCUCCACGUGGAGCCGGGGUAUCCGACCAGCGGUGGGAUCUGCCUCCUCUCCAUCAAGAGUCAACACGGCACAGUCGCUGCCACCGGCUGUAGGCCCCCUCAGGAGACGCCCUCCCUGAAGGACUGGCUGGAAUACCUCAGCACUGUGGACUUCGGUGCGCCUUUCCUCACUAGGGCAGCUGCAGGACCCCCCGGGCAGCAUGUUCGAGAUGGGGGGUUAUGAUCUCUGGGGAGGCUCCGUCC